AUGAUGUCAGAUGAGUAUUUGGUGGAGUGUAAGAUUGAUGACGAUGAUGAUGACGAUGACUACGGGGUGCAGAAAAUCCAGCCUUCUCCUCCUCCACCACCACAGUUUAGCUCAAGCCCCUCCAUCACUCCAAAGCCCACGCUCAUUCACGUCGACAUCAGAGACCCAUUAGGUGUCAACAAACAUUUGAAGGUAGAGUUCAGCGAUGUAUUAGCAGAGCCUGCCUCCACACACAGCUAUGAUCGUGUGUGGAUUUACAGCGGGAUCGCCUUCGAGGCAAUGAGGCUGUGGGGCUACCGCUGUCUGACGGCCCUGUGUGCUGUUCCCGUCUCUUGUCUCUGUGGCUGUCUCUUUGCCCUUCUGGCGUGCAUGCAUAUCUGGUGUGUGAUGCCAUGUAUCCAGGUGUGCCAUACAUGCUUGCCCUGUGUAAGGUCACUGUGGAUGAGUGUGGUGAAUAUCUUCAUCGCUCCAUUCUGCACGUCUGCGGCUCGCUGUUGCAGUGGCAUACAUGUGCUGUUCUCAAAGGAGUGA